CGGUUUGCCAAAUUGAGAAAUGAAGAUAUGCGUUGUAAAUGGUCUAGGAAAGAAGGAAAGACCGUUGUCCAUGAAGUUUCAUUCAAUGCUCCGACACGAAUAUUACUUAAUAGCGAUCUUGAGUAG